AUGUUUGUUCCUCCUCCCCCUGCUUCGUCGUCGUCGUCGUCGUCGUCGUCGCGUCUGCAUCACCAGCACGGGCGUCACCAUCACGGAACGAAUCACGAAGGCGGAGCGAAAAACUUGAAACUGAAAUUCAUCGUUUUGGGGUUUAUUUUCACAGUUUCCACGCUCUAUGCGGUUCAAUACAGAUGUUUCGAGGAAGAGGAGUACGAGUAUUCGCUGUCGACGAAUUUCGGUGAACAGGUGCCGAACGAUGCGAACGCGUUCGCGUCGAACUUACCCAUAUCGGAUGAGGAUGAUUUUGGCGAAAGGGAAGAGGAGGGGGCGACGACGACGACGUCGGGCGGAGAGGAAGACGAAGACGAAGACGACGAGAAGGAACCUAUUCGAAGGAGUAGCAGUAGUAGUAAUGAUGAGAGCGUGAACUAUAAUUUACCCGGUGCGGACGCGUCUAUGCCGUGUGGAGGUCAGCCGAGAGAGAUGUUGCCGUUUGAGAGAGAGCGACGGCUGAGGAGGAAGAUGUUAGGCGAUGCGGGUGAGGAUGAUGAUGAAAUUGAGAGCAGGAAUAUAUCAGAAGACCAUUUUUAUAGAAACGCGUCAUCGUCGAUGAGGGAUAGCGGUAGUAGUGAUAGUCACAGCAGCAGCAGCAGUAGCAGUAGAACGGGAAGAAGAAGAAACUUGCUCCAUCGCGGCAUCGGUUUCACCAUGGGUAAAGCCGGAUGCGGCAAGGAACUUUACGUCAGAGUCGUCCACGAGAACGAUGGUCCCGGAAAUAUCGUAUCCAAGCGCGUUUUUAGUCAAGAGCAAACGCUGAACGAGUGCUUGACGCGAGAUCCGACGUUGUGCAGAGAGAAAGACUCGUUGACGGCGGCCAAGAAACUCCCCGGCGUGAGAGGUUUAAAGAAGCUCCCGAAAGUUGGUUUGUCGCCGCUCCUCGGGAAAGGGAAGAAAUUCAGCACUUGCGCGAUCGUCGGUAACGCCGGUCACUUGAUGACGAAACCGUACGGAAAGUACAUCGAUGCACACGACGUCGUCGUUCGGUUCAACAUUUUACCGACUACUGGUUUUGAAAAGCACGUCGGCACGAAAACGACGCUCCGAGUGUUAAACGGUCGCCGCUCCAUCGCGCUGUGUUGCCGCGGUAACUUUCCCGAAGGCAAAGCCGGUAACGAAGACACCGGCGUGAUGAUUUGGUUCCCAGCCGCACAAGGUGAAAUCCUCUCCGCGUGCAAAAAGCGUUUUCCGAACAACCCGCGCUUCGCGCUCCCUCUGAAGCUCUCCAAAUCCUUAGCCGGCGCUAUGAACAAACUCCGAACCGAUGCCAGCCGCUUAGGCUUGACUGGUUUCACCCAAUGGCGCCAAAUGACUUCCGGCGCGCACGCCAUCCUCCUCUUCUCGCAACUCUGCGACACCGUCAACGUAUAUGGGUUUGGAUCUUUCCCGGGAAAAGAGAAAGCGCCGGACCAAUACGGAGGAAGAAGCGCUCGCGCUCGCUCGGGUACGAUUUGGCACGAUUGGAGCGGAGAGAAAAACGUCAAUAAACUGUUACACGCGGCCGAGGUCAUCAACGUUUGCUCCGCGUAA